AUGCCAAUGGGAACCUUGUCUCUCGGGUCGACAAUUACAUCAACAGCCCUCGCAGAGUUAGAGUAUCCAAUUCCAAUGAGAUCUUCCUUAUGGAUGCCUGAGGAAACUCUAUUCUCACCAUCCGCCGCCAAUGCAAGCAGCAACUGGUUUUUGUACGACGGCGAGACCACUGAUAAUCCGAGGUUUACGGUGAUGAAGAGGAAAAGUAUCAACAACAGCAGGAAAUGGGCGGCUCAUGUCAUCAGCAAUGAUAGUAAUAAUCAUAAUAAUUAUGUGAUUGAGGCGAAUCACUGCUGCUACUGUGUGUAUGAUGAGAAGCGGAGGAGGCGCGUGGUAGAGCUGAAACCUAAGGAAAACUUCUGUCAAAGGCCUCGCUUUUGGUGCCGAUGUUUUCCAAUUGCUUCUAUUCCCUGA